AUGUACUCAUCAGAAGACACGACGCAAGAGUUAAAAGAAAUUAUAUCCUGUCAAGAGGAUAAAAUAUGCAAGUUAAAUAAAAAACUAGAAGAGUUUGAUUCAGUGGUUUCUGAAAGAAAUAAAUUACGAGAAAUUUACAAACAAUUUGAAAAAAGUCAUGAAGACAGUAUUAACGCCCAUAAGAAAGCGUUUUGCGAACUAUCAGCUACGUGUGACGAGCAAGCGAAAAAGCUUAAGGAAUGUGCGAAUUCAGAAUACCAAUGGGAACUCAAGUAUGGGAAACUAGAAGACACCAACAACUGUAUGAGUCGUCAAAUCCAAAUUCUAAAAUGUAAUGAAAAUAAAUUACAAGCCCAGUUAGCAGAGACUGAAAUAACUUUGAAAUGUGUUCAGAAAGAAUUAUGUCAAACCAAAUCGGAAUUGGAAGAAACUCUCUGUUUGGUUAAUAAAUUGAAGGCAUCUUUGAAAUGUACCGAACAGGAGCUCUGUAAAGUUCGCAGGGAACUUGAUGAAUGCAUGACUGAAUGCAAUAAAUUGCACGAGAUGAACGGGGUUUUGACUACGGAGUUAAACUGCACAAAAAAAUGUCUAUGUGAGGCAAAAUUAGCUGCUACGCGCAUUGAGGAAAGGUACAUACAAGAACGUGAACAUUUAACAUGCGAGUUAAAAACAUGUUGCAAAAAAGUUAGCGACUUAGAGAUGCGAUUAGACGAUGCGAUGUGUAAAUUAAAUGACGAAAGAUGUAAAUCUAAAAAGUUCGCUUGUAAAUUAAUAGAAUUGAAUAAAGUGAGUGCAAAGAAUCACUUAGAAAUGAAAAACCGAGUACAGAAAUUACAAGAAGAAAUAUGCGCUAAGAAUAACGAAAUAUGUUGCUUGAAGAAAAGAGUCGUUGAUUUGCAACAAGAAAUCGAUUGUAAAUGUAUGGAAAUAAACCAGCUGAAAAUUAAAAUUUACGAAAGAGAAUGUCAACUAAAACAAAUGUGUUUACUAUCGGAAAAAAUUGAGCAAAUCAAGUGUUUUGUCGAUACUUGUUGUUGCCCGAAAAAGAAAUGUUGCCCGAGUCCUUGUUGUUGUCCUAAAAAGAAAUGUGGACCGAGUCCUUGUUGCCCGAAAAAGAAAUGUGAACCAAAAUGUGAACCUAUUUGUUGUCCACCAACUCCUAUUUGUUGUCCGAAAAAGAAAUGUGAACCAAAAUGUGAACCUAUUUGUUGCCCACCAACUCCUAUUUGUUGUCCAAAAAAGAAAUGUGAACCAAAAUGUGAACCUACUUGUUGCCCGCCAACUCCUAUUUGUUGUCCGAAAAAGAAACCCGAACCUUGUUGUGACCCAAUGCCAAUGCCUUGUUGUCCGAAAAAAAAAUUGGACUCUUGUUGUAAGCCAUCAUGUUCCUCGUCAGACAUAAAGCUUCCAUGCGGUCUAUCAAACAGCACAAAAUGUAUGAUCCAAAAAUAUGCCACAAAAUCAAAUACCGAAGAUAACUAUGCUGCGGAAUUAAAACAAUUGAAAUGUGACAUGGAAGAAUUACAACAGAGUAUUGGCGACAUCUAA